AUGUUGGAAAGACUGAGAACAACAGAUAGAUUGAAGCUAGCUGGUAUCUGUGUGGAUGAUAACUGUGUACUUUGCUCAGGGAAGGAAUCACAUAAAUACUUGUUUUUUGAGUGUGAUUAUGCUCAAAAGUGCCUGAAAGAAAUGAGAAGCUGGUUGUAUCUGAAUCACAACCACGGCUGGUUCAGUAGAAUGUUGAAGUUUCUGUCAAAGAGCAGGAGGACUCAAUUUCAGAGAAGAGUAAUAGCUGCUGUUUAUAGUGCCCUAGCUUACUACAUAUGGUGGGCUAAGAAUGAAGUGAUCUGGAAUUACACAGUCUGGAGACCUGAAGUACUCUGCAAGAAGAUUAAAAGUAUUGUGCUGUUGAGAGUUAGCCUAGUGAUUCCAAAGAAAAUCUCUGUUAAGGAUCAAGAGUGGUUUGAAGUGUUAAAAAGUGAAAAUGUAUAG